GCUCUGCAUCGGAGUCGCUGUGGCGGAGGAUACCGGUGGAGAUUCAGAGUUCCUGUUCCCCGCCGCACCGCGAGCCUUUGCAGGAGCGGGGUGUGUGUGUGUGGGGGGGGGUCCCCCGCGAUGGCCGCUGUCCAUCCGGGCCCCGACAGGACCACGUGCGGACGCUGGAGCACCGCUCUCUAGCCGGCAACAGCACCUCUUUGCCCCCGCCCGGCGAUGGGGAGCAGCGGGUCGGCGUUGAGGGUCUGUGCGGACCACCGCGGGGGCAUCAACUGGCUGAGUCUGAGCCCCGACGGGCAGCGCUUGCUGACGGGCAGCGAGGACGGCACGGCUCGCCUCUGGAGCACCGCCGACGGCCAGUGCUGCGCGCUCCUGCAAGGUCACGAGAGCUAUGUGACCUUCUGCCAGCUGGAGGAUGAAGCCGCCUUCACCUGCAGUGCUGACUGCACCAUCCGGAGGUGGGACGUUAGGACCGGGCAGUGUCUGCAGGUGUACCGAGGGCACACAUCCAUCGUGAACAGGAUCCUUGUUGCAAACGACCAGCUCUUCAGCAGUUCCUAUGACCGGACAGCACGGGCGUGGACUGUGGACAAAGAGCAAGUGUCCAAGGAGUUCCGGGGCCACCGCAACUGUGUGCUGACACUCGCCUACUCUGCCCCCAAGGACCUGCCCAGUGAUCCCUGCUUGGAGGCAGCAAUGGGUGGCGGGCUCCUAGUGACCGGCAGCACGGACGACACAGCCAAGGUGUGGCAGGUGGCCAGUGGCUGCUGCCACCAGACCCUUCGGGGCCACACAGGCGCAGUGCUGUGCCUGGUGCUGGAUGUUUCCAGCCACACGGCCUUCACAGGCAGCACCGAUGCCACCGUCCGUGCUUGGGACAUCCUGAGUGGGGAGCAGCUGCGGGUUUUCCGAGAGCACCAGGGCUCUGUCAUCUGUCUGGAGCUCACAGACCGGCUCUUGUACACGGGCAGUGCAGACAGGACUGUCAAGUGCUGGCUGGCUGACACUGGGGAGAGGGUGCGCACAUUUCCGGCACACAGACACAGCGUGAGCGCCCUCAAGUACCAUGCAGGCACCUUGUUCACAGGCAGUGGGGACGCCUGCGCCCGGGCCUUUGAUGCUCAAUCAGGAGUGCUGCAGAGGGUGUUCCGAGGCCACACCUUUGUCAUCAACUGCCUCCAGGUCCAUGGUCAGGUGCUCUACACAGCAUCUCAUGACGGUGCUCUGCGUCUCUGGGACGUACGUGGACUCCAGUCGGUGCCACCUUCACCACGCAGACCAGCAGCCAAGCGCAGCAGCUUAUCACGCCUCUUUAGCAAUAAGGUGGCCUGUGCAGCCCCAGUGCCCCUGCAGCCAGCCUGAGUACCUGGAGAGGAGGUGGUCAGUCUGCAAUUGCAGGCAGGAAGUUCAGCAGGCCUGCCUCCAGUUCUGAUGUCUUAUGCUGCCAGGCCCUCUCUGCUGAAGAAAUUGAACUUCUUACAAGAGCCAUUGACAAGUUGUAUGUCAUAGACUCCUCCUGAAGAACUCAAAUACAUGUCAAAGUGCUCUACGUUCUUUGUUUUCCUUUUGGAGGCCUGUUGGCCUGCCACGUAUGUGCCCUCCAAUAUCUGGCCCGGGUUAUCUCCCCUCUGGUUAACAAGGCUUGUGAACCAAAGUCUUUUACACAGACCUUGGGAGAGGCCGUGAAACAAGGAACCACUCUUCCAACCAGCCUGCCCAACAGGACCUUGGAGUACCCAUCCAUUUUUGGACAUUAAUCCAGGAGUUUUCUGUCAAGGUCUGGCAAUGAACAGCUAGGGAGAAGUCUGGUCUUGUGCAGAAAUGCCAGCAC